AUGACAGCCAGUAGACCAGUACACCCUACAGACACUGCACCACCAGUACACCCUACAGACACCACACACCACCAGUACACCCUACAGACACUGCACCACCAGUACACCCUACAGACACUGCACCACCAACACUGCACCACCAGUACACCCUACAGACACUGCACCACCAGUACACCCUACAGACACUGCACCACCAAUACACCCUACAGACACUGCACCACCAAUACACCUUACAGACACUGCACCACCAGUACACCCUACAGACACUGCACCACCAAUACACCCUACAGACACUGCACCACCAAUACACCCUACAGACACUGCACCACCAAUACACCUUACAGACACUGCACCACCAGUACACCCUACAGACACUGCACCACCAAUACACCCUACAGACACCACACACCACCAGUACACCUUACAGACACUGCACCACCAAUACACCCUACAGACACUGCACCACCAGUACACCCUACAGACACUGCACCACCAGUACACCCUACAGACACUGCACCACCAAUACACCCUACAGACACUGCACCACCAAUACACCUUACAGACACUGCACCACCAGUACACCCUACAGACACUGCACCACCAAUACACCCUACAGACACUGCACCACCAAUACACCCUACAGACACUGCACCACCAAUACACCUUACAGACACUGCACCACCAGUACACCCUACAGACACUGCACCACCAAUACACCCUACAGACACCACACACCACCAGUACACCUUACAGACACUGCACCACCAAUACACCCUCCAGACACUGCACCACCAAUACACCUUACUGGCACUGCACCACCAGUACACCCUACAGACACUGCACCACCAAUACACCCUACAGACACCACACACCACCAACACUGCACCACCAGUACACCCUACAAACACUGCACCACCAGUACACCCUACAGACACUGCACCACCAGUACACCCUACAGACACUGCACCACCAGUACACCCUACAGACACUGCACCACCAAUACACCCUACAGACACUGCACCACCAAUACACCCUACAGACACUGCACCACCAAUACACCUUACAGACACUGCACCACCAGUACACCCUACAGACACUGCACCACCAAUACACCCUACAGACACCACACACCACCAGUACACCUUACAGACACUGCACCACCAAUACACCCUACAGACACUGCACCACCAAUACACCUUACAGACACUGCACCACCAGUACACCCUACAGACACUGCACCACCAAUACACCCUACAGACACCACACACCACCAGUACACCUUACAGACACUGCACCACCACUAUCUCCAUCACCACAGCCAUCUACAUAACCACAGCGGGCUCAACCGCCGAUGCUAGCCAUGAACAAAUGGGAAUGUCCACCAUGCAUGUGUACCGCUGUGGUCAAGCAGCGUUUGAAAUUGUUAAGCCCCGGCUCAAUGGACAUCAAACAACAAACAUUGUGGGCCAGGUUAUGCGGUGUUUGACCAAAACUUGCCUCAUGGGAUCCUCACGGUAUAAAAAUAUGUCGGAUCAUCUUUGUGUGAGGUUGAUGCAUCUCAACAUCAUGUUGAUAAAUCUGAACACCACGUUGAUAAAUCAUAUCAUGUGGAUACAUCUAAACAUCAUUUAG